AUGGAGCAGCCGCUCUCACGUACAGCGAGUUCUGAGAGCACACGGUCAUGGCAACAACUCUCCAGUGCAAGCGGCGCAUCAGCAGCAGGUCGCAAGGCAAGAUGGAGCGAGCCCGAGACUGGCGGAAGCAACGUAGAGCGUCCCAGUGUGUCAGUCCCCGCGCAUGGUGCAGCGGCGAUUCGACAGAGCCUGCCUGCGCGCCGCCCCUCCAAGGCAUCUGAUAGCAGUCUCUUUGAGUAUUUUGGACAUGCCUGGUCUGGCUCUGCUGUCGACGACUCGGAUGCCACGCCAACGCUAGAGAGCACCCGGGGAAGUCUUGCCAGUGCCCCAGUAAAUCCUCUGCUGCUGCCGGAUUCUUUCCGACAUCCGCGAUCUGACGUCGGCACUGCAGCAGCCACAGAGUCGAAGCGAUUGUCUAUAUCUUCUUUUGUGUCGGCCAUCUCCAAUCGCGGAUACAGUUGGAGUGGGAAAACUUCGGUAACGGGCUCUGAACCGGAAGCCAGGAUGGAGAACCCACACGGCACCACGACGGCCACCUCGUCGCUCUCCGUCACUACCUCGAGCCAAAAUGGCAGUCUCGGCACAAAAGCGUCGCCUACGCAAUUGUUAUUUCCACAGGACCAAGCAGCCAGCAAUCCGUCCGCCAGCCCCAACACCGCCCCAGUCCUCCCCGCGUCUCCCCACACUGGCCAACCGCCUCUGUCAACGCAGCCCCGCCGCUCACGAAGCCGGACAGCGCAGAGACGCAUCAGCGGAAGCACAGCUACUAGCAGCAGCCCGGCAAGCCGAGAAAUGAGGGAGAAGAAGCCGACAAAGGGCAUAAUUGGUGUAUGUGCACUCGAGUCCAAAGCUCGUAGUAAGCCUGCGCGCAACAUCUUUGGCAAGUUGGUGGAUGAGUUUGAGGUCAAGAUCUUUGGCGACAAGAUCAUCCUAGAUGAGGCUGUGGAGAACUGGCCAGUGUGCGACUUCCUCAUCUCCUUCUUCUCUGAUGGCUUCCCACUCGACAAGGCCAUUGCCUACACCCGGCUGCGCAAGCCCUUCUGCGUAAACGACCUACCUAUGCAACAGGUGCUAUGGGAUCGCCGCCUGUGUCUUGGUAUACUGGAUAAGCUCAGCGUUCCCACACCAAAGCGCAUUGACGUCAGUCGAGAUGGCGGACCGAAGCUACCGUCAGCUGAAUUUGCCAAGGCGUUGUAUGAAAGAACAGGCCUGAAGCUGGAAGGACCUGAAGACGGCACUGGUGGAGGGUUUCAGGCUCCGAAGAAUAUUGAACUCAUCGACGAUAACAACACUAUCCGCGUCGACGGUGUUACCCUUACAAAGCCAUUUGUGGAGAAGCCAGUGAGCGGUGAAGACCACAACAUUCACAUCUACUUCCACAAAAAAGAUGGCGGUGGUGGCCGGAGAUUGUUUAGGAAGAUCAACAACAAGAGCUCGGAAAAGGAUGAGACCCUCGACGUACCGAGGGCAAUCCUUGAACCGACAGGCAGCUACAUCUACGAGCAAUUCCUGCAAGUGGAGAAUUCUGAAGAUGUCAAAGCCUACACGGUCGGACCAAACUUCUGUCAUGCCGAGACCAGAAAGUCUCCAGUGGUUGAUGGUCUUGUUAAGCGCAACCCAAGCGGCAAGGAAGUUCGAUAUGUCACGAAACUGAGCGAGUCAGAGGCGGCCAUUGCAGCCAAAAUCUCAGAAGGAUUUGGCCAGCGAGUGUGUGGGUUCGAUCUACUGCGCACUGGAGACCAGAGCUACGUUAUCGAUGUAAACGGCUGGAGCUUUGUGAAAGAUAAUGGCGAUUAUUAUGACAAGGCAGCCAACAUCCUAAAAGACAUGUUCCUGAAGGAGAUUGCGCGUAAACAACGCAAAGACGCCGCUCAACACGCUGCUGCCGACGCGCAAGCCGGUACAGACAUCCCUACGAAGGGCUCUUCGGGCCACCGUAAGACUCUUGGGAAGCUCUUCAAGAGUCCCAGUAUGUCAAGAAUGGGAAACCAUACUCACAAUCUCCAACAUAUGCGGCAGUCCAACACUAUGCCUUCGUCACCCGACACAUCACUCAGUUCUACACCUAUCGCAUCCUCACCUAGUUUUGAGAAACCCAAUCCUACCGCAGUGCUGAGCCCUACAGCUUUCACUUCUACAUCAACGCCCGAAGGCCCGGCAUCUGAGCCGGACAUCACGCUUCCGCCUGCAUUCGAAGAAGACGAUCUGCAACUUGAACCGGAAAGGUCAAUGUCAGAAGAUCAUCUGGAGGUACCCCCUCCGGCAACGGCGGCGCAGUGGAAGCUCAAAGGUGUUGUGUCAGUCAUUCGACAUGCAGAUCGCACUCCGAAGCAGAAGUUCAAGUACACCUUCCACUCUAAGCCAUUCGUCGACCUGCUCAAAGGCCACCAGGCCGAAGUGCUACUGAUUGGGGAGAUAGCGUUGCAAAGUGUGAGUGAUGCCGUCAAGCUGGCUAUGGACGAAGGUCUGGAGGACCCAAAGAAGCUGCGCGAGCUCCAAUUGUAUCUGAACAAGAAAGGCGCGUGGCCUGGAACUAAAGUGCAAAUCAAGCCAAUGUUCCGGAAAAGAAGAAAGGAAGAGCUGCUACCAGGAGAGACUUUGCCUGAAGAGACUCCUGAAGCACAAAAGCUGGAGUCAACUGCUGAGGCCAAGGAAACGACUGGGCCUACUGACGAGGACGACAGACCCGAGCCGCUUAAGAACAGGAGUGAUUCCAUGUCUGGUGUUACCUUGUCCCGUAUUACCGCGCAAGAUAACAACAUGGUGCUGGAUAAGCUACAACUGAUCAUCAAAUGGGGAGGUGAGCCGACGCACUCCGCUCGACACCAAACACAGGACAUGGGCGCGAACUUCCGCAAUGACCUUCUGUUGAUGAACCGGGAUGUGCUAGAUGAUGUUCAUAUCUUCAGCAGCUCGGAGCGACGAGUUACCACCAGUGCGCAGAUAUUCGGAGCGUCGUUCUUGGAGAAGGAGCAAUACCAAUCUGAACACAUCUCAGUCCGCAAGGACCUUCUAGACGACUCGAACGCGGCAAAGGAUGUCAUGGACAAGGUGAAGAAGAAACUCAAGACUUUGCUACGCGCAGGCGACAAAGCCCCACCUCAGUUUGCGUGGCCAAAAGACGUGCCAGAGCCCUACAUUGUCGUUCGGCAAGUGGUGGAUCUGAUGAAGUUUCAUCAGCGCGUUAUGAACCACAACUUCAAGAAGAUCGAAUCUGAAGCGAUCUCGUCGCUAGCUGCACUCGCAUCUCCACCGGGCGGAGCACAGCCGUCAGGGCAGUCUCAGUACACUAAUGUUAACCAUAUCCAAUCACGUUGGUGCUGUAAUGAGGGCCCUGAACUAUUCAAAGAACGGUGGGAGAAGUUGUUCAAGGAAUUUGGAGACGCUGAUAAAGUCGAUCCAAGCAAGAUAUCUGAGCUGUACGACACAAUGAAGUUCGACGCUUUGCACAACCGCGCCUUCCUUGAAUGGGUGUUCACGCCUGACGCCAGCUUUGUGGAUGAAGACUCAGUUGCGGACGGAUCGAAACAGACAACACCCGACAACAGUUCCGGCAAGUCGAUAUCAGUUGGUCCGGGCCCAUCAGAAGCUCAGCUGAAGGCGGAGGCGAAAGAGAAGGAGCAAAGCACAGAGAAGACCCACGAGCGUGGUAGCCUCUCCCAUCGUAUGGGUUUCAGGCGCAAGUCCGAGCUUACAGUUAAAGCUCCGGCGCCUCCGUCAUAUGUACACGAGUCGUACUUCAAGCUAUAUUCUGGUCUCGGGACUGCGGCCUCCAAGGCACAGACCGAUGCGCGACUUGUCAAGCUACGGCCACAGGAAUAUGGGAUUGAGAGCGAGGAGAAACUGGAGAUUGGCCUGCUUACAUCGCUUCCAUUACUCAAGGAGAUUGUUGGGGACCUGGAAGAGCUUCAGGCGUCCGACAUGCCGAAGAGCUUCUUCUACUUCACCAAGGAAUCACACAUCUACACACUGCUCAACUGCAUCUUAGAGGGCGGUAUCAAGACCAAGAUCGAACGCAAUGCUAUUCCAGAGCUCGAUUACUUGUCGCAGAUCAACUUUGAGCUCUACGAGUCGGAGAAUGCCAGUAUCGAUGACAAACCGCACACCUUCAACUACAGUAUUCGCAUCACGCUAUCGCCAGGUUGCCAUGCCUUCGCCCCACUUGAUGUCCAACUGGACUCACGCCAUAUGAUUGGCUUCGCACCCCGUCGCAGCCUCACUCUUCACCAAGACUGGAAAGAGGUCCUUGAGACUCUUCGCGCAAAGUUCCAUACCGUCAAACUUCCCAAAUCCUUUGUCGCCAUUGAUCUCAGCGAGAAGGUCCCCGAGGCUUUCGACCGUAGCACGAACGGGAAGGGCAAAGAGCAUAACAUGACAGAGAGUGAAGAACGGGGUCGAUCAGAUGAGAGGGACGAAGACGCUUCGCACAUACCCAUUGCAAACGAGAAGGGCGAAAUAAUAAGCCCUGGAGAGAUCGUGAGUCCAGAGCGCCUGGCGCUGAGCAAAGAGAUCAGCCCAGCAGGCCUGCCGCCACCUGUGCUAGACCUAGAGAAGGAGUAA